UGAUAUGUGCAGUAUAUAAAUGCACGAGCGUUUACCAAAAGUUCCACCACAUCUAAGAAACAAAAAGAAAAAUGGAAAAGAAGGAAUUUUCUGCAGAAAUUGUAGAUUCAGGUUUUUCUGAAUCAUACGAAUCCGUUCGAGAAGGAGUUGAGUCGCUCACUAUAAACGACAAACAACUUGUCGAAGAGAAAGUUGUAAAUGCCGAAUUCCAGUCAAAUUGCAAUUCGUGCCCCGAAGAAAAAGAAAAUGGUUAUUACUUCGAAGGUGAUGAGGAAGGGGAUAGCUUGUUACAUUUAGCCAUUGCUAAUGGAAAAGAUGAUUUAGCAUUAAGAAUUAUUGAUUUGGCAUCAUCUGCGUCAAUAAAUGCCCAAAACAAAAUUGGACAGACACCUCUGAUGUUAGCUGUAAUCACAGAAUCCUUACCUGUGAUUCGGAAGCUUGUAGAUGUUGGUGCAGACCUAGAGCUCUGUGACAUGAAUGGUAAUAACAUCAUUCAUAUUGUUGCUGUCAAUGGCAUUGAUAGGGGGCUGAAAGAACUGUUCACUGAGAGCCUCUGCAGGUGUAGCAAGGAAUUGGCUGCCAUUUAUCAAGUCCUUUUGGAAUCAAGAAAUGCUGAAGGAUAUACUCCAUUCCAUCUUGCUGUAAUGAAUAGUUAUUUUGGAACAGCUUCUUUGCUGAAAUAUAUUGGUUCAGAUGUCAAUGCAUGGGAUUACAAAGCUGGGUUUUCUCCAUUACACCAUCUAGUGAAAAUGGGCAAUGCUUGGCAUGUGCAGAACUUUAUUAACGAAUUUAAACCCAACAUUGAUGCAAGAUCAUAUACUGGUAUCACACCACUGCAGCUAACAAUUGGUGGAAAUCUUGACGAUAUAGCUGAUAUACUAAUCAUCAAUGGUGCAGACACUGAAACUGAAACUGAUGAGUGCUACUCAUGGUCAAAAGCACACUUGAGAGAGGAAAUGCUGAUGCAAUACUGAUAGGCCUAGCUCUUAAUGUUUGUGUCCCACACAAAUUGGUCCACAUUGGCACAAAUUGUCCCACACGAACCAUGCCUGCAGGCCAAUCUAUCAGGGUUAACACAUCACAGUGAUUGCCCCAGCGAAUUCAGGUUGAAUUACCAGGCCUAUCAACAUCUGGAUGGUUCUGCGUGUCAUCAUUGGUUCUCUUUGUUCAAAGGUAUCAUCAAAUAGAAUUCCAAUCAGAUAAAGCCAUUGCAAAAAGUUACCAUAAAUUGAGCAACCAUUUGAUUUCCAAGCUGGUUUUUUAAAAACUUUCAAUAUGUAAUAAAAAUUCAAAACCAAUGUAAAAGAGUGGAUACAUUUCAAGUUAUUUGGAUUAGAUAUUGUACCUCUUUGGUAAAUUUGAUUAUACAGUUUUUCCAAUUUUAAGUUUUCUUUAUUUGUUUCAAUUUUUUCAACAAUGUUUUCAACAAUGUUUUCUCCAAUUAUUGAAAUAACAACAAGACUAUGUCUCAGUCAUGUUUUUGUGUUUUUCCUCAAUUGUGCAGUUGUUUUGGAUACAUGGAAUAGCCCAUGUGCCAAAUAACUCCCAGACUAUGAAAUAUGAAUUUGUGCCUGCAAUCCUGGCAGUAAAUGUUGAGACAAACACAUAAACACCAGUCAGUCAUUGUGCAUGUAUAUAUAAUUAAGCAUUUACAUCCUGCCCCUUCAAAGUUUGUGCACAUCAUCAGUGAACUGGGGGCAGGGAGAGGUCUGCAAAAUUCUAUAUACAUACUGUCUUUCUUUGAUUGAAGGUGGUGACCUAGUCCUACUUAUAAACAAUUGAUGUAGAUUAUAAACAAAAUGUAGGAACAAAAACCAGUUUUUACAACCAAAAGUCACCCAGGCAUUUAGGGCUUCAUCAGGGUGAAUACCUGUACAUUGGUGAAGUUAUCAUGCAAUAUUCACAGAAUCUUUUAGAGAUCUUCUUUCUAGUUCUUCAAUUCUGUUUGUCCAUUGGCAGCAUGUUUAUUCAUAUAAGCUUAUAAACUGCAUUUAUGAGAAGUGGUUUUGAGGCUGUAGCUGGCUUUUUAGCCAUGUCAAAUUCCUGUAACAUGUUUGGACAAAGUUUCUAAAAAAGGGUGUGAUCUGUAAAAGUGGGUAUAAGGAAAACCAAAAGAUCUUGUUACAUAACAAAGUAAGUUUCAUACAGAUUGAUGCACAAGUCAUUGCCUGUUAAAUGUAUUUUACACCUGGUUAAUGGUGUUUACUAAUGAGGGACAAACCACUUCUUGUAAACCUUUUAUAGAAAUUGUUGAUAUGUGCACUUUGCCUUUCACUUUCCAUUUAUUGUCCCUCUGUUGCUGUAUAUUUUGUUAUCAGAAAGGUGGCAGCUUAUUUGGGCAGCUCAAAAAGCGACUUCUGAAUAGAUCUCACCUCUGAUGUCUCUAUUUUUUCCUUUAACGCUAGAAAAACUUGCUUCUUAGAAAAUUCAAAGGACACUUUCAACAUGUUAAUCCUUUGCCAAUUUCACAUAUUCAAAGUCCAGAAAAGUGUUUUUCCUUUUCUUCCCCAUAAGUCCGACUUUUAGUUUCAUUAUGGUAAUUGAUUUCACUUGUUCUCAUCAACCAUUCCUUCGGUGACUGUGCCAUAACAAAUUUUCCUGAACUUUGCAGAAGGCUAGAAAAUCUAGAGUCUUUUCCUGUCUGGACUUUUCUUGAAGCUCUCCUAGUUUGAGACCGUUGUUUGGUAGGCCAGGGCACUUAAGAACCUGUUUUAGUUUUGAGAUAAAAUCAACGCGGGUUCAACGAAUAGAUUUCAAAUUCUUUAAAGUUAACAUGGAUUUUAAGGAAUUGGCAAAUUUUUCUACCUAUCCCUAAAAUAAAAUACAAUUUAUUCGUUUGUAUCAAAACAAUAGUUUUAAACAAUUCCCAAAAAAUUACCGACCUAGAAAAUGAAGGCAAAGGAAAUUCACCAGUUUUUUUUAGAAUCCGUGUUAACUGUCUACCAUGUCAAUUUCCUUGAAUAAGAUCUGAAUUAGAUUCUGCAUUGAUGGCAAGUGCGUAGAUAACAAAACUCAUGCGUUUGUCAAUUCCCGCAUCAUCCCCAGUUCCCUACUCUAAAGACUUAGGUAAAACAACAGUGUUAGGAAGGAGAGGGGGCGAGGCGAAUGCUGUUAAUAAUUUGCAUAAAUUUAGUUUAGUUUGCCAAGACUUGGCAAGAAUUGUAGUUUCCAGUAUCGCAAUAAGAGAGAGCAGCGGGUUGUUUGGUUGCAUUUCUUCGCAUAUUCGAUCUUCGUCUAUCAACAACCGUUCUCAGAAAUCUAGUGUAGUAAAGACUCAACUCGACUUCAUGCGCUGAUUUGGGUUUUGCUCUGAUUUCCAAUGUAUAUGGUCAGCUAGCAAGUACCGCGGACCGCGGAGCAUAUUACAGAUUGUGAGGGCUAAAACGUUUUUGGGGGCUAAGCACAAUAAAAACCAAGAGCAGGGCGAUUUUUGCAAGGUUUUAAGUACAUUUCGGAAAUAAUUGGGGGGUGCUAAAGUUCUUGUGGCCACCCGCUUCCGCGGUCCUUGUCAGCUACAAUGCCUGCCAGAAGUCUUGGUACACUAAUAUCAGUUUUCAAAGGCAAAUUCAGCCAUUCCCCUUUCCUCUUUAAACAAUGUUGAUUUACUACAAAACGACAUAGAGGAUUAGGAAGUACGAUCUUUUCUCUGCGACUUCUAUGAUAUUCUUCUAAACCAUCAACAUUGUUUAGGGGGAAGGGUGUGCAGAAAUAGAAGUAUUCGAGAAUAGAAUUGAAAACACAAACUGAUGGGUGUUCCGAGUACUUUUGGCAAUGAUUCUAGCAUGCUAGCUUUCAAUAACUGGCUUCUUAUGAUCCAUCUCUAGGUCAGUGGUGGCGCUAGGUUUCCUCCGACAAAGGGGCUAGCACUUCCGACGGAGGGGCUAAUUUUUUUAGAGAACGAUAGGGCUAGGGGGCGACAAGGAAUUGUAAGGGUACUGGAGACCGAAGGCGAGCGUUGCGAGCCGAAGAUUCGGGGGGUCCGGGGGUACUCCCCCGGGAAAAUUUUGGUGGCUACACCCAUUAGAUUGGCUAAAAAUGCUAUCAAAAUGGUGUAAUCGUGUUUUUUACUACGUUUUUUGACAUAUUACUAAGGGCACGUUUGCCCCCUCCCUUGCCCCUCCUAGCAAAGGGCAGGAGGGGCGCUUGCCCCCCCGCGCCCCCCUUCUCCGGCGUCCCUGGAAAUUUUUUUUGAAAGCUGCCUCUAGAUAAGCUUAAAACUACUCUAAAUCUUUACAACUCAUCAAACGUUGCCAAUUCAAGUAGGGCCUAUCUUUGGAAAGUAUGAAUUUAAAUAAAAAGCAACCAACUGAACUUAAGGAAAACUGGAACACAACGUAACUUUAUAGGAACAGACCUAAGCGGUGGAAUACGCACUUCUACAUAUCGAAAAUUCAAGUCCAAGAAUCAAAAUUGUUUCACAGAGCAAUUCUACUCUUCGGGAACUUAGCCUUAAAUCUGUCUACUACUGAGUCCAAGUCAAGAGCACUUCCACGGGCACGAUGAAUACCUAGCAUCAUCAGACUGUCUAGACGCUCGUCCUUCAUAAGUGAGCGCAGAUCACUCUUGAUGAGGCGCAUAGAGCUGAAGCUGCGUUCACAUUCGGCUGAAGAGACUGGCAAAGUGCAUGCGAUGGAUACAAGCCGGUGCAGCUCAAAGAAAGCUUCAUUUAGCUUUUCCAAGUGUGCCUCUAGUUGCAGAAGUGUGCUUGGGCGGUGUUUUUCUUCUUUUCUUGAGAGCAUAUAUUUAAAUGUGGCAAUUUCACUGCGUAGUGCACCAAUUUCAGACUGAAAAAGCUCAGCAAAAUUGACAAGAGUUGUUGGGUCCAAGUAGCUUUUCGACUUGGGGGCCAAUGCAGUUAUGCCUUUCAUGAUCUUUAUGUUUUUUUCGUCAAACCGCUUGCAAAGUUCUGCAGUUGUUCUGUUUAGUAUUUCUUUGACAUUUUGUACGUAGCCAUCAAACCCGCUUGCUACUUGAGGCUCUGAAGAUGCUUCCACAACAAACUCUCGAAGAGAAGCAGGCGUUGCCCUCUUUCUUGGUGGUCUUUUUUCUUCCGGCAAUUCCAAGCGAUCCGCUGCUUCUUCGGCAGUAUCCCAGAACUCUUGAAUCUUAUCCCUGCUUUGACAGUCAUCCAGUUCAUCUUUCAAUGUUGCAAUGAGAUCAAUGGCUUGACUCAAAUCAUUGGAGGGUUUCUGCAACAUGUCAGACGCAAAUUUGGCUUUGUUCAAGACGUGUCGGAUGGCAAACAGGUAUCUCACAAAUUUCCUGUCAAUCUGCAGAAGAUAACCAGUAGCUUCUGUUCUGCGACCGGGGUUCGUAUCUGUGUCAAUCACAUCCUGCAGGACUUCCACCAAGAUAUCCAACCGCUCCCAGAAAACAUUGAAUUGCUUCGCCUGGCAAGACCAUCUCGUGUCAGAAACUUUUCCAAUUUCCAUCACAUGAACCUUGUGAUCCUCUUGGACCUUUACCCAUCGUACAUGAACGGUGCUGCUGCUCAGAAAAGAAUGCAGGCUUCUGAAUAGCGAUAUCAUGUCUGCCACACAACUGAUUGAUUUCACAACAUCGACGAUCACAAGGUUCAAUCGAUGACAAAAGCAAUGGACGUAGUAAGCCAUUUCAGCACCGGUUUUCAGAGGAAGUUUCCUUUGAACGCCAUUCAGGUGACCAGAAACAACAGAAGCUCCAUCGUAGCCUUGCCCCACGCAUGCUUUCAUGUUGGCUUCGA